CGGCGGCGGCGCUGCGAGCGACUCCGGCGGCGGCGUGGCGGCAGCGGUGACCCCGCCGUGCGAGGCUAUGGGGGCGCGUGCCGCCUGUGGGUGCCCGGCCAGCGGCGGCGCCGAGCACCCUGCCCCGCUGCCGUAGGGAGCCCCGCGGAGCAGACCACCCACGGAAGCCCCCCGGGACCCGCUCGUCUCGGCCCCUGGCCCGCCGAGCCUUCCCCGGGCGUGGGAGAGGCGCCGUCCUCCCGCACGGGCGAGGAGCAUGGGGAGAGCGGCCGCCGCAGGAGGAGGCGCCGGAGGGGCGCGCCGCUGGCUCCCCUGGCUGGGGCUCUGCCUCUGGGCGGCGGGAGCUGCGGCUGCCCGAGGAAGUGACAAUGGUGAAGCCCUCCCUGAGUCCAUCCCGUCAGCUCCUGGGACACUGCCUCAUUUUGUAGAGGAGCCAGAGGACGCCUAUAUCAUCAAGAGCAACCCCAUCGCACUGAGGUGCAAAGCAAGGCCAGCCAUGCAGAUAUUCUUCAAGUGCAAUGGCGAGUGGGUCCAUCAGAACGAACACGUCUCCGAGGAGACUCUGGACGAGAGUUCAGGCUUGAAGGUCCGGGAGGUAUUUAUCAACGUCACCAGGCAGCAGGUGGAGGACUUCCACGGGCCAGAGGACUAUUGGUGCCAGUGUGUGGCAUGGAGCCACCUGGGGACCUCCAAGAGCAGGAAGGCCUCCGUGCGCAUAGCCUAUCUGCGGAAAAACUUUGAACAAGAUCCCCAGGGGAGGGAGGUUCCCAUCGAAGGCAUGAUCGUGCUGCACUGCCGCCCGCCCGAGGGAGUGCCCGCUGCUGAGGUGGAAUGGCUAAAAAAUGAGGAGCCCAUUGACUCUGAACAAGAUGAGAACAUUGACACGAGGGCCGACCACAACCUCAUCAUCAGGCAGGCGCGGCUCUCAGACUCUGGGAAUUACACCUGCAUGGCGGCCAACAUCGUGGCGAAACGGAGGAGCCUGUCGGCCACCGUGGUGGUUUACGUGAAUGGAGGCUGGUCUUCCUGGACGGAGUGGUCAGCCUGCAAUGUUCGCUGUGGUAGAGGAUGGCAGAAACGUUCCCGGACCUGCACCAACCCAGCUCCUCUCAAUGGUGGGGCCUUUUGUGAGGGAAUGUCAGUGCAGAAAAUAACCUGCACUGCUCUGUGUCCUGUGGACGGGAGCUGGGAAGUGUGGAGUGAAUGGUCGGUCUGCAGUCCAGAGUGUGAGCACUUGCGGAUCCGGGAGUGCACAGCCCCACCCCCAAGAAAUGGGGGCAAAUUCUGUGAAGGUCUGAGCCAGGAAUCUGAGAACUGCACAGAUGGUCUCUGCAUCCUAGAUAAAAAACCUCUUCAUGAAAUAAAACCCCAAAGAUGGAGUAGGAGAGGUAUUGAGAACGCCAGCGACAUCGCUUUGUACUCAGGCCUGGGCGCUGCCGUCGUGACCGUGGCGGUCCUGGUCAUCGGCGUCACCCUGUACAGACGGAGCCAGAGUGACUACGGCGUGGACGUCAUUGACUCUUCUGCAUUGACAGGUGGCUUCCAGACCUUCAACUUCAAAACAGUCCAUCAAGGUAACUCCCUGCUCCUGAAUUCCUCCAUGCAGCCAGAUCUGACUGUGAGCCGAACAUACAGCGGGCCCAUGUGUCUGCAGGACCCGCUGGACAAGGAACUCAUGACAGAGUCCUCGCUUUUUAACCCUUUAUCGGACAUCAAGGUCAAAGUGGAAAGUUCAUUCAUGGUUUCCCUGGGAGUGUCUGGGAGAGCUGAGUACCAUGGCAAGAGUCAUUCUGGGACUUUUCCCCACGGAAACAGCCGCAGCUUUACUGCCAUGCAUCCCAGAAAUAAAGCAACCUACAUCCAACACCUGUCAUCCCUCCCCACAAGGACAGAACUGAGAACCACUGGUGUCUUUGGCCAUUUAGGAGGACGUUUAGUGAUGCCAAAUACAGGGGUUUGUUUACUCAUACCACAUGGCGCCAUCCCGGAGGAGAAUUCUUGGGAGAUAUAUAUGUCCAUCAACCAAGGCGAACCCAGCCUGCAGUCAGAUGGAUCUGAGGUGCUCCUGAGUCCUGAAGUCACCUGUGGCCCACCAGACAUGAUCGUCACCACUCCCUUUGCACUGACCAUACCUCACUGUGCGGACGUCAGCUCUGAGCACUGGAACAUUCACUUGAAGAAGAGGACGCAGCAGGGCAAGUGGGAGGAAGUGAUGUCGGUGGAGGAGGAGUCCACAUCCUGUUACUGCCUAUUGGACCCCUUUGCAUGUCACGUGCUCCUGGACAGCUUUGGCACAUUCGCCCUCACCGGGGAACCAAUCACGGACUGUGCUGUGAAGCAGCUCAAGGUGGCAGUUUUCGGCUGCAUGUCCUGUAACUCUCUGGAUUAUAAUCUGAGGGUCUACUGUGUGGACAACACUCCUUGUGCAUUUCAGGAAGUGGUUUCAGAUGAAAGGCACCAAGGUGGACAGCUGCUGGAAGAACCUAAGUUGUUGCAUUUCAAAGGCAAUACCUUCAGUCUUCAGAUCUCUGUCCUUGACAUCCCACCAUUCCUCUGGAGAAUUAAACCAUUCACUGCAUGCCAGGAAGUCCCGUUCUCCCGCGUGUGGUGCAGUAACCGGCAGCCCCUGCACUGUGCCUUCUCCCUGGAGCGCUACACGCCCACCACCACCCAGCUGUCCUGCAAAAUCUGCAUCCGGCAGCUCAAAGGCCAUGAACAGAUCCUCCAAGUACAGACAUCAAUCCUGGAGAAUGAGAGAGAAACCAUCACUUUCUUUGCACAAGAGGACAGCACUUUCCCUGCACAGACUGGCCCCAAAGCCUUCAAAAUUCCCUACUCCAUCAGACAGCGGAUUUGUGCUACAUUUGAUACCCCCAAUGCCAAAGGCAAGGACUGGCAGAUGUUAGCGCAGAAGAACAGCAUCAACAGGGUACUCGAGGAAGAUAUGCACAUGAAAACAAGAGCAAAUAGUAGGAAGAGAAAGACCUGGGCUCCAGAAAAUGAAGAUCCAAAGCAGAAGAGAAGCAAAAUGGAUUUCCAGGAUGACUGCUGUGCUUCUGAAGCUUAGAGUGCAACCAGUCAAAAUUGGAGCAGGAAAUCUGUGGGUUCCAGAAGCAACAUCUCCAGUAAGAAAAUAAAACAGGAUAAAACACCUGAGUGUUUGAGUAUACUCAGAGGAUAUCUUCAAAUCUGUUAGAGGUUCUGGGGAUAAAUUUGUGACUGAUGCAAAGAUGGCUGAGCAAAAUUAAAAUAUGGCAAUGAAGGGCAUCAGGAAGGACUUGACAUUCCAUAAGAUAGAAAAUGUGACCAUGACUUACUGCCUGGUUCAGCUGUGAAUGAUUGUUUCAUAGCCCUAGUAAUACAAACACAUAAUCCUGAGCUGAGACUGUGACUUAACCGUACUGAGAGAAUAAGGUAUCUAUGAGUGAAUGUGGUUGCAUCAUGUGUGCAUGUCUUUGAAUAUGUGUAUAUGCAAGCGAGUGUUUGUUAAGUAUUUAAGAAAACUAAGUCCUCAUCCUCCUUAGCUGGUUCAAUGGACAACAUAUAAAACUUUAAAGAAAGUAUAGAA